AUGGCUCGCGGCAGCGGCGCCGGCGGCGGCGCCGGUGGGCUGGAGCUCUCGGUCGGCGCCGCCGGCGGCGGCAGUAGCGGUGGUCGUGGUGGUGCUGCGCGUGGCCGCCACGGCGACGCCGGCGCCGCCACGGCGGAGGAGGCGGCGGCGUCGAUCAGCCUCGGGAGGCUCAUCCUCGCCGGGAUGGUCGCCGGCGGCGUGCAGUACGGGUGGGCGCUGCAGCUCUCCCUCCUCACCCCCUACGUCCAGACACUCGGACUGUCGCAUGCUCUUACUUCAUUCAUGUGGCUCUGUGGUCCUAUUGCUGGCAUGGUGGUUCAACCAUGCGUGGGACUGUACAGUGAUAGGUGCACCUCAAAAUGGGGAAGACGGAGGCCAUAUAUUCUUACAGGAUGUGUGCUGAUAUGCUUCGCUGUCAUAGUUAUUGGGUUUUCAGCUGACAUUGGAUAUGCCAUGGGUGAUACAAAGGAAGACUGCAGUGUCUACCAUGGAUCUCGGUGGCAUGCAGCAAUUGUAUAUGUCCUGGGAUUCUGGCUUCUUGAUUUUUCCAACAAUACUGUUCAAGGUCCAGCACGUGCGCUAAUGGCUGAUUUAUCAGGACGGCAUGGGCCCGGUACAGCCAACUCCAUCUUCUGUUCUUGGAUGGCUUUAGGAAACAUCCUAGGAUACUCCUCUGGUUCCACAAACAAUUGGCACAAGUGGUUUCCAUUCCUUAAAACAAGAGCUUGUUGUGAAGCUUGUGCAAAUCUGAAAGGUGCAUUUCUGGUGGCUGUGGUUUUCCUGUCCCUGUGCUUGGUUGUAACUCUGGUAUUUGCCAGGGAGGUUCCAUUCAAAGGAAAUGCUGCCCUCCCAACAAAAUCGAAUGAGCCAGCUGAGGCUGAACCCACCGGACCACUAGCAAUACUGAAAGGCUUCAAGAACUUACCUACUGGGAUGCCUUCUGUGCUUAUUGUAACUGGCUUGACCUGGCUAUCUUGGUUCCCAUUUAUCCUGUACGACACAGACUGGAUGGGCCGUGAGAUCUACCACGGUGACCCAAAGGGAACUGAUGCUCAGAUCGAGGCUUUUAACCAGGGAGUCCGAGCAGGUGCAUUCGGCCUGCUACUGAAUUCGAUUGUUCUAGGAUUCAGCUCAUUCUUGAUCGAACCGAUGUGCCGGAAAGUCGGCCCGAGGCUCGUCUGGGUGACGAGCAAUUUCCUCGUCUGCAUCUCCAUGGCUGCGACUGCCCUGAUCAGCUUCUGGUCACUCAGGGACUUCCAUGGAUCUGUCCAGCGAGCCAUCACUGCAGACAAGAGCAUCAAGGCUGUCUGCCUCGUCCUCUUCGCGUUUCUUGGAAUUCCUCUCGCCAUUCUGUACAGUGUUCCGUUCGCAGUGACGGCGCAGUUAGCAGCUACUAGAGGGGGCGGCCAAGGGCUCUGCACCGGCGUCCUCAACAUCUCCAUCGUGAUCCCUCAGGUGGUCAUCGCGCUGGGAGCUGGGCCGUGGGACGAGCUGUUCGGGAAGGGCAACAUCCCGGCGUUCGGCCUCGCCUCCGGCUUCGCGCUCAUCGGCGGCAUCGCCGGCCUCUUCCUGCUGCCCAAGAUCUCCAAGCGCCAGUUCCGGUCCGUCAGCAUGGGCGGCGGCCACUGACCGCUCUCGCCGUCGCCGUCGCCGUCGCCGUCGCCGUCGCCGGCGACCGGCCGGACUGGCGCUGGGCCUCGUAGUUCUCGUUGCACUGGAUGAUCAAAGGUCCCUUUUUUACAUAGGGUUUAAGGUUGUUAAUUAGGAAGGGUGAGGUGGCCCUGCAGCUGGGGCCCUCGCUUUGCCACCUCAGCAGAAAAAAAGGAAUAAGCAGACGCAGAAAAAAAGAAAGGAUUGGAACUGUAUGACUGUUUUGGGUGUUUGUAUGUGUGCAUGGUAAUUAGUGUGUGUAAUGAGCAGAAGUGCAGUGAACUAGUGAAGUGAGCUUCCAGCA